AUGAAUGCAAAAUUUACUACUUCAAAUAUGAAUAUUCAUCCUACACAUAUGUCUACAAUUCAUCCAGUUCCAUUAACAACAAAAACAACAACAUCAUCUUAUAUCAAUUUACGUUCAAAUGUUAAUCCAAAAUAUAAUCUUUAUGAUGCUGGACAACGUAAGAAUAAUUAUCCUUAUAAAAAAUUUCAAACUGGCUCAACAACUACAUUCUCUGGCUACACUUACAUAUCAAGUUAUAAAAAUAUUAAUAAUUACAAUAGAAAAAAUGAUAACAUUAAAUCUUUUAACACUAUGAACAAUAAUAAUAAUAAUAUAAAAAUACCAGCUCUUAUGUCAAUUGAUCGUUUUCAACAACCUCCACGAAAAAAUCGACGAAGUUUAUAUUAUGCUCAACAAUAUUAUAAAGAAACUCAAAACACUUACCAACAUCAUCAUCAUACCAUAUUACCCACAACAACAGCAAUAAAUGAACAUCAUGUAUUAAUUCUGUCCGAUUCUAUGUGCAAAUAUGUUCGUGUGGAUAAAAUUAGUCCACCUAAUAUGAAGAUUAAUAUAUCAUUUGAAUCUGGCUGCAAUUGCAGUCGGAUGCUGGAAUUUUUAGAACAACAAAACAUUGAACAAAGUCAAAUAUUUAAUGUCGAUUUUAUUAUUUUCUCUUUAUGUACAAAUGAUGUUUCCUAUUUGGAAUUAAAUCAAGUUAUUGAACACUGUCGUUAUUUAAUACAACGAACAAGACAAUUAUUCCCAAAAAUAAAAGCUAUUGGGUGGCUUGCUCUUUCACCACGAUCAAAACCAUCAAGAUUAUAUAAUUCUUCAAGCAUUGAUGAGAUCAAUAAAAAAUUCAAUCAACUUUUACAAAUAUUAUCUAAACAAAUGAAUUUCGAGGUUAUCAACGCAAAUCUUCAACAUCAACAUAUGCAUCAAGAUGGUCUUCAUCCAGCUAUUCAAUCAGGUCGUAUACUUUUUGAAAAAGCAUUAUAUAACUGGCUAUGCAAACAAAAUAAAAAAUUUUCUCCUCAUUUGGAGACUGGUCAUAAUAAUAUUCUCAACAAUAAUGAUAUACCUACAACAACAACAAACAUGAAUAAUUAUAAUAUUUCUCAACCAACAUCAAAAAAAUACAACAAACCACUAACAAUACAACCAACAAUUCAAUUUAUUAACAACAACCAUAAUAAUAAUAACGAUGAUAAUAAUAAACCUCGUUAUGGACAAAAAAUAUAUGAAAGAACAAAACAACAACAACAACAGCAGCAGCACCAUCAACACCAACAACAAAUCAACAACAACAGAAAUAAUCAAUUUACAUUGAAACAAAAAUAUAAUCUAAUGUCACGUAAUGUGUUGAUUUCUCAUUAUCCUCAUCUUUUAAGACAUAAAGAAGAAUUUUUUCGGAAAAUCACAAUACCAACAGAACUAGAAAAUGAAAAAGAUAGUAUUUUUCAAUUAAGUAAUCUACAUUUUCAAACAGAAUAUUUUAAAUCUGAAUCGGAAAAAUGGAAAAUCUAUAUGAGAGCAGCAACAGGAAAUAAAAUACAAUCCAGGAAUCAAAUAGAAAGUAUUCUAAUAGAUAAUAAUGAUAGUAGUCUACCAAUAGCACGACCAUCUCUCUCUGGGCUAGCAGAACCACCUGCGCCACUAGAUUUUAGUGAGUUUUCUGAAUUAUUUGAUGAAUGGUUACCAGAACCAGUACCAGGUCAAAAACGAAAAUUGGGACAUCGACAGGAUGAUCCACCAACACCACCUCCACCACGGCAACCUCCACCAAUAAUACCAAGAAAAACAUUACCACCAAGAAAUAGUAAUGUUCCACUAAGAAUGAGAUCUCUUCAAUCAUCACUAAUUUUAAAUAGUAAUGAUGAAAAAAUAUCAAGUACUCAUAGACAACAAUCUUUCAAUGUACUCUUGCCAAGAGAAAAAGAAGAAACAGAACAAGAGAAAGAACGGCAACAGAUGGAAUCGUCUAUAGCUAUUGUAGCUAGAGAAUGUUCAAUGGCAAUAUCACCAUUACAAAGUUCUACACCUGAGCAAUUAAUUAAAUCACCAUCGGUAAUACCAAAACAACCUAUAGCAACAACAAUGAAUGAAUCAUUUGAUUUCGUAAUCAUACCAAUAGAAUGUAGAUAUUAUUUCAAAAAACAAAAUAAAAAAUGUACAUAUAAUACAAUAAGAAUGCAUCAAGAAUUUCUAGAAAAUAAAUAUAAACAACUAGAACAAGAGAGAGAAAUAAAAUUACAAACAUCAUUUGCUCAACAUUUACGAACGAAAGUAAUUUCUUUAAUAAUAAACAUCGUAGAAAAGCCACUUGCAAACAAAAAGAACAAUGAUCAACGAAGAUUAGACAAUCUUCUACUCGAUCAAAGGAGAGAGAAAGCUGCUCGACAAAUAAAAAAUAUAGGAACACUAGAAGAACAACAACAUAUACAAAUUGUACAUGAAAAAUUUAUGAGCAUAAGUUUUCCACCUCAAGAAAAUAAUAAAACUCUUAUCUUACAAGAUACAGAGGCUAAAGUACUAAAUCUAGGACCAAAAUUUGUUCCACCAUCACCUCAACAAGUUCUAAAACGUCUCCCCAAGGAAAUAAAUGAUAUGAAAGAAAAAGUGGCAGCAGCAUGA